UUCAUUCGGCGUCCAGUUUUCAAUCCUAAGAUGCUUCAUCGAGAAGCUAGAUCUAACGCAAAAUGUAUUUAUUUAAGUGGCUCGUUCUUGACUGUUUGGUAGUCCUUUUAGUUGCUUGUUACGGUCUGUAUAGGUGGGCAGUCGCGAAACAUGAUCACUUUCUCAAACGAGGGGUUGAUCAUGAUAAGCCAUUGCCGUUCUUUGGAACUUUUAAGAAUUUGUACUUGCGCACUGAAAGCCAUUUCGGUGUUGUGAUGAAACAGUAUGAAAAGUAUAAACAUAAAAGUUAUUUCGGGAUAUAUGAACAUCGAAAGCCUGUACUAGUAGUAACCGACCCAUCACUUAUACGACAGAUCACUGUCAUAAACUUUGAUCACUUCAUGAACCAUGGCGACAUAUUCAGCAGCACUACUAUCAUGAAACUAGGCUUCUGCAUGCCCAAAGAUAAUAAAUGGAAAAAUCUAAGAGCUACGCUGCUACCGUGCUUUCAGUCAGAAAAUUUACGUUUCAUGUUUUAUCUGAUCGAGGAGUGCUCCCUGUUAGCUAUUCACAAUCUGAAAAAGGAGUCUGGAUUCAGUUCAAUCAUUGAAAUCAAUAUCUUCAAAUAUUUUGGGCGAUUUUUCAUAGAUGCAUUAGCAACCACCACAUUUGGGAUGCGACCAAAUUCUGUUUCAUUCAAAGAGAAUACGUUUUUCAAUAAAAUCCGUAAAGCAAUAGAUAUGAACCCUACGAUUUAUAUUGUUCACUUUCUGUAUGGAAAUUUCCCAGAAAUAAUGAAGUUCCUCAAAGUAUCUUUACUCAGCAAUGACUUCAUCUCGUAUUUCAAAUCGCUUGUCAAAGAAAUCAUAGAUUAUCGUCGCAAAAAUAAUAUUAGGCAUUUUGAUAUUGUUCAUAUACUGAUGGAGAGAGAGGAUACAGAUGAAACGAUAGGAGGCGAAGCGUUAAAGCAAAGUGAUCCUUUGACUGAUGAUGAAAUAGUAGUACAAUGCCUAACAAUCUUAAUGGAUGGUCUCGUCAAAUCUACUUAUGUAGCGAGUUGCGCUGUGUACGAAAUUGCAAAUAAUCCUGGAGUUCAAGCCAAACUACUGAAGGAAAUCGAUACAGUUAAUGGGAAAGUUAGCAACAAGUCAAUAUCUUACGAUACCCUUAAGGAAAUGGACUAUCUAGAUAUGAUCAUCUAUGAAACACUUCGAAAGUGGUCAAUAGAACACAUUAUCGACAGGGUAUGUACGAAACCAUACACCCUCUACGACAUAACCACCGGGCACUCUGUAAACCUUGAACCAGGCGAAACAAUUUGCAUACCGAUUGCAGCCUUCCAUCGGGACCCAAACUACUUCCCUGGUCCCGAGAAAUUCAACCCUGAACGUUUCAGUGAAGAAAAACGGGGUUUCAUUCGUCCGUAUACCUUCUUGCCUUUUGGAGUUGGACCCAGGAAUUGCAUUGGAUCGAAACUUGCUCUAAUGCAAAUUAAAGCAGCAAUGGUUAGCCUUUUUUCAGAGUUCUAUGUGGAAUCCUUAUCACCGAAAACUGCCAAGCUCAUGGCUAAUAGCACGGCCUUUUUCUUGCGGCCCCAAAAUAAUCCUAUUAUCCAUUUACACUCCAGGAGAACUGUGUAGAAUUGAAGGGGAUUUUGAGUUUUCAGAGAAUCGGAUGAUGAUAUUGAAGCAAGAUACGUUAACCCUUAAAUUAAGGAUGCUUACUAUCUUUAAGCAAAUAUGAUUAUAAAUAAAAAUU